UAAAAAAGUCCCCACCACUAGUACAUAAAAAACAAACAAACUUUCAAUUUUCCGACCAAUCAAAAUUAACUGUUAUAUUAAAUAACAGUUAAUUUUUAUAUUUUUUAUAAUACUAAUCUUAGAGUAAACGAGUCACACCGAUCAAGAAACAUAUUAAUAUAAUCAUAUAAAGACCCCAAGAAAUCUCACCGAACUUUCAUUUUACUCCAAUCUCUCUCUCUCUCUUCAAGAUCUUUCAAAGUUUACUCUUUUAUUCUCCAUUAGAGGAUGAGCUUGUUCGUAUAGUAAGUUAAUGGAUCUAUCAAACAAUAGCAACCUCCUCCGGGAUCUGAGCUUCUCACCUCCGCCGCCGCCGCCUGUCUUCCACCGUGCGAGCUCGACAGGGACGAGUUUCCCUAUCUUAGCCGUUGCGGUGAUCGGAAUCUUAGCCACAGCAUUCUUACUGGUAAGCUAUUAUGUUUUCGUUAUCAAAUGUUGUCUCAACUGGCACCAAAUCGACAUUCUUCGUCGGUUCUCCUUAUCUCGAAGGCGACACAACAACCAAGAUCCUUUAAUGGUUUACUCUCCAGAGUUCAGAACCCGUGGUCUUGAUGAAUCUGUCAUUAGAGCAAUCCCAAUCUUUAAAUUCAAGAAGAGAGACGAUCAAAACGACGGCGUUUUUACAGGAGAAGAAGAGAAGAGUUUUCAAGAAUGCUCUGUUUGUUUGAAUGAGUUUGAAGAUGAGGAGAAGUUGAGGAUUAUCCCAAAUUGUUGUCAUUUGUUUCAUAUUGACUGUAUCGAUGUAUGGCUUCAGAACAAUGCCAAUUGCCCUUUGUGUAGAGCUAGGGUUUCUUCUGACACAAGUUACCCUCCGGAUCGGGUUUCUGCUCCGAGCACUUCUCCCGAGAAUCAGGUCGUGUUAAGAGGUGAGAACGAGUAUGUGAUCAUUGAGCUAGGGCAUAGCAUUGGUAGUAACAGAGAUAGUCCGAGAAACGGAAGGUUACUUAUGGAACAAGAAAGGUCAAACUCAGGUCACCUAAUGAGCGAAGACACUCUCAAUUCGAUCAGUCCAUCUCCAAAGAAGCUUGACCGUGGAGGGCUUCCAAGGAAAUGGAGAAAGCUUCAGAAGGUCACGAGUAUGGGGGACGAAUGCAUCGACAUAAGAAGAGGUGAAGACGAGCAAUUUAGCAGUAUUCAGCCCAUUAGAAGAUCAAUCUCAAUGGAUUCAUCGGCGGAUCGACAGCUUUACCUGGCGGUUCAAGAAGCGAUUCGGAAGAACCGAGAAGCUCAGGUGGUCGGAGACGGAGGAGGAUGUAGCAGUAGUGGCAAUGUUAGUAAUUACAAAGUGAGGAGAUCUUUCUUCUCUUUUGGGAGCAAUCGUCGUUCUAGAAGUUCCUCCAUAUUGCCUCUUUAUUUUGAACCCUAAUGGGCCGCUCUGCUUACCUGUCUAGUUUUCUUGUUUCUUUCUACAUUUGUUUUUGUUAUUUCAUUUUCAAUAUUUUUGAGAUAGAUUUUAUUAUUAUUUGGUCGGUGAGAGGUAGGCGAGAAAGGUAUGUUUAGAUUUUGAUGUCAAAAUGUUGUUCAAAAAAAAAUAUA